UGCUCUGUCCAGAACUUACGGCUCGCUUCGGCCUUGGCGGUCCGAGUUCAGCGAUGCGGUCCCGGCUUUUGCUGAGUGCUGCUCGGGGCUUUUGGGCCCUCCGGGCUGCUGGUCCAGCCCGGCGACACGUAAGCUGCGGUAGCCUGCCGGUGGAGGAGCUGUUCGCCCGCGGCGGGCCCCUGCGGACCUUUCUCGAGCGCCAGGUAGGGUCUGAAGCCCAGUUGCGGGUCAGAGGGACUGAGCUGGUGGCGGUGGCCAAACUUCUGAGCGAGAAGGAGCAGGAGCUGCAGGAGACCGAGCACUUGCUGCAUGAUGAAAAUGAAGACUUAAGGAAACUUGCAGAGAAUGAAAUAACUUCGUGUCAAAAAGAAAUAGCUCAGUUGAAGCAUCAGAUUAUCUUACUUUUGGCUCCCUCAGAAGAAACAGAUGAAAGUGACUUGAUCCUGGAGGUAACUGCUGGAGUUGGGGGUCAGGAGGCAAUGUUGUUUACUUCAGAGAUAUUUGAUAUGUAUCAGCAAUAUGCCACAUUUAAAAGAUGGCAUUUUGAAACCCUGGAAUAUUUCCCAAGUGAAACAGGUGGCCUUAGACAUGCGUCUGCCAGCAUUGGAGGCUCAGAAGCCUAUAAGCACAUGAAAUUUGAAGGAGGUGUGCACAGAGUACAGAGAGUGCCCAAGACAGAGAAGCAAGGCCGCAUCCACACAAGCACCAUGACCGUGGCAAUCUUACCCCAACCCACAGAGAUUAAUCUGGUGAUUAACCCUAAAGAUCUGAGAAUUGAUACUAAGCGAGCCAGUGGAGCCGGAGGGCAGCACGUCAAUACCACGGACAGCGCUGUCCGUAUAGUGCAUCUUCCAACAGGUAUUGUUUCUGAAUGCCAACAAGAGAGAUCUCAACUGAAAAAUAGAGAGAUGGCCAUGAAAAAGUUACGUGCAAAACUGUACAGCCUGCAUCUAGAAGAAGAAACAACUAAAAGAUACAAUGCUAGAAAAAUUCAGAUUGGCACUAAAGGAAGGUCAGAGAAAAUAAGAACAUACAAUUUUCCACAGAACCGGGUCACAGAUCACAGAAUAAAUAAGUCACUUCAUGAUCUUGAAACUUUUAUGCAAGGAAAGUAUCUACUGGAUGAACUUGUACAGUCGUUGAAGGACUAUGCUAAUUAUGAAUCUUUAGUAGAACUUAUUUCCAAAAAAGUUUAAGUUGAUUUAUUAUUAAAGACUUGUAUAGCUUAUGAAAAUUCUAUUAUAGCAAAUCACAUUGUGGAAAUAUCAGUAUUCUCUUGAAAAACAUGUGUUAACACAGUUGGGAGUAACACGUGUUUUUAAGACAUAGGUAAUUUAUAUAAAUCUUCUCUCAAUGUAUUAGUAAAAAACAUACAAUAUAA